GAAGCGGCCAGUCGGACUCUGGACUCAGUCCGAAGCUGAUCGUUCUACUGCGUGACUCUCGCGUGCUUCCCUGAUUGUUCCCUUUUUUUGCCCGACAUACUUUGUUGUUGUUGUUUUGGUGGUGUUUUUUUUUUCGCUAGUUAUCGGACUGAAUACGCCAUCGCCUAGCGUACGUGCCACUUCUUGCCAAAGUGUCGUGUCGGGACAAUAGACGGACGAUUGAAGUUGGUCAAAAACCCCCCAAAAAAACAUUUUCAGCUCGCAGAGUGGCCAACUUUCGAGAAAAGAAUUCUUUAGCCCCCCCGCGCGCAUUCGUUUCACCUGUAGCCUAUCCUUAUUUUGACUAUCUCUUGUCUCCAUAUAGACACACACACAGCUUUCAUUUGGGUGUGUCAUCCUACUUUGUGUCAUUUCUUAUUUCAACAUUUGGCAGUUGGUAGAAACAUUCGUGUGUGUGUGUGUGUGUGUGUGUGUGUGUUCCUUUUGACAUCUGUGUGCUGUGUGAUUUUGCUGUGCGUGCAAUCUGCGUGACAAGUGAGGACGUACAAUCGUACAAAAAAAAAAAAAAAGAAGCAAAACUUGUGGUCCGGGUUUCUCUUGGUUCGAACGUGUGUGUAUGUGUGUGCGAGUGGGCCGAGUGCGAUCGAACUCGUCCCUCUGCCAAAGAGAAAGAGUUUGCAGCAAACGUGACCGAGCGGGAAAAAAAAUCGACUCUUAUUGGGGGGCUUAGGCGAGAAAUGAUAACGGCCUCCUCGUCGAUCCAGUCGCAAGUGUCGACGGGCAACAAGCUACGUAAUUCGCCUCUGUCGUUCAGCAUGUCUCUUUCGCCCGGCGCGGCCAGUUCUGCCAGCCCGGCUUCAUCCGUAGCCGAUUCGGCAGCUUCAGGAGUUUCGGCAACGGGAGUCGGCAGGUCUGCUACGCCCAGCCCGGACAGGAACAAUUUGUCGUUGGAUCACCGUCGCAGUCCAGUAGGUAGAUCGCAUCACUUGGGUGCCGGACAUCCGCACGACCUUUCGUAUCCGAUUCGCCGGCCGAGUUCAGCCAACAGCCCGCCCGUUCGUGACAGCCCACCCAGUCGGGAAGCCAACCAUUCGGCCGCCCUGCAGGCCUCACUGUCCGGAUCGCUUCACGGGCCCAGCAUGUCGUCGUCCAUGUCGUUCGCCGCUCUGCACGCCGCCGCGGCCGCCGCCGCCGCCAAUCAGAACGCCCUGCUGCACGGCAAAGGCGGCCUUCUCAGUGGCAUGGGUCCCGGAGUGCCAGUCUCGUUGGCCGGAUUGACGGGCAUUCCGGGCAUGCCGGAAGGAUAUCACCCAGGACUUUAUCUGGGCCAUCCGGCAGCGGCGGCUGCGGCCGCCGCAGCUGCCGCUGCUGCCAACAUGCAAAAUGCCGAACGUUCUCUUUACGGCCAUCAUCAUCACGGUGGCCACUCGCACGGCAUGCACUCCGGAGGCGGGCACAGCAACAGCCAUCAUCACAACGACAGAUCGCCGUACAGCAGCCACAGCCCGCCGCCCAUUUCCAGCACGGAUCCGACAGCCAACGAGUGCAAGUUGGUCGACUAUCGCAAUCAAAAGGUGGCUGCUUUCGUCAUCCACGGAGAGACAAUGCUUUGUCUGCCGCAAGCCUUUGAGCUCUUCCUCAAGCACCUGGUCGGCGGCCUGCACACCGUUUACACCAAACUCAAGCGGCUGGACAUUGUGCCGCUUGUCUGCAACGUCGAGCAGGUCCGCAUUCUGCGCGGCCUCGGUGCCAUCCAACCGGGCGUCAAUCGCUGCAAGCUGCUCUCCUGCAAAGACUUUGACAUCCUCUACAGAGACUGCACCACCGCCAGUUCCAGGCCCGGCCGACCCCCGAAACGAUCUCCGUUGAUGGGUAUCACUUCACCACAACACGACGUCUUAAUGAAGAUGAAGAAACCGCGUCUGGAUAACGGCGACUACAUGCCCUACGAGAACGGCCACAAUACAGAAUCGCGUGGCAUGGAAAAGUCGCCACUUCUCGCCAAUGGUUACAAUCCGCCGCCGACACAUCUGAAUCCGAUGCAAUUCAUGGCUCUGAAUCACGCGGCCCAGCAGGCUGCCGCCGCCGCCGCCCAGGGGGGGGGGGGGGGGGGGGGGGGGGGGGGGGGGGGGGGGGGGGGGGGAAGGGGGGGGGGGGGGGGGGGGGGGGGGGGGGGGGGGGGGGGGGGGGGGGGGGGGGGGGGGGGGGGGGGGGGGGGAUGAAAAAAAAAAAAAAAAAA